UCUCCGGUGUCUUUCUCCGACCCCAUCCUGUGGUACCGCGGGCAGAACCUGACACUCCACAGUGAGCCCAGGAGAUCGGGACGCGGCAUCUACCAGACCUUCUUCAGCUGGUUCAGCGACCACACCAGUCCUGGCCGGGACGAUAUAGCACAGGUAACAGCAUGCUCACUGCCUGGCACAGGUUGAGAGCUGGUGCACAGUCUGAGAUGCGUGGAGUAUUCCAGCACAGACACAUUUUACAUUUUAGUUGACAGAUUCUUCACCUAGUUGGCUCAGUGAUUCGAACCAGCGACCUUUCGGUUACUGGCCCAACGCUCUUAGCCGCUAUUUGCCGCCCAUUGAACAUUGCACAGAUCCACUGGUGACCACACAACUGACUUUAUUUUAGGCUCUAUAACACUCAAGGUUACUGCACUAUUCCAACACACACUUCUUCUCUCUUUGUUCCGUGUGAAUCUAAAGAUACUGAAGGAUGACCUUUUCAGAAACCCUCUGAGAUACUACCUGACUCCACUGUGGGAACCCAGGCAGAAUGGCAGGUAAGCUGCCCAACAAAACCUCUUCUUGUGGAACUAAGUUCAAUAAGGACUUUUCCAUCUUCAUGAUACUAUUACCAUGCUAUUACCACUUUAUUCUGUGUUGUAAUGUAUAAUAAUAAUGUAGCCUAAAACGCUACCAAACACUUUAAUUAGAAAGCAUUUUGUGUAAAAAAACAAGACAUGACAGGUCUCUUGAUUGUCAUAACUAUCACAACUAGGGAUGCAAAUUUCAGUCAAUUUUGCUCCUGACUAACCAAUCCCCAUUAUCCGGUCAACAAACUAUUACAUUUUUCCCAAACAGUAAAUUGACUGACCAACAGAAAAUACUAUGCAUGCAUAGUAUGAAAAAUGUAUGCACUGGAUAAGAGCGUCUGCUAAAUGACUAAAAUGUCAAUGUAAAAUACCACUGGACUAGUUGCAUACAAGGAACAUAAAUUUUUCAUCAAGAGCUUAAUGGAAACAGGCAACAAUAGCAAGCCUAUCGUCUUACAGUCAAAAGGCUAUAGCCUAUUAUUGAAAAUGCAACUCUUGUAAUGAAGCAGCUAAUAAAAUGUCAUUUUCAAACAUUUGCCAAAAUGCAUUUAGCUGGAAAACAGUUCUAAACAGCGCACCUAAUGCGAGUGGUUCCAUAUGUUUCUAACAGAGAUUUUCAUCUCUGUCAGAAACUUAGAAAGAGGGGGAAUCUAAUAGCAACAACUAGGAUAGGUUGCUAAUAUGACUAGGAUUGUGCCUUUUGGCUUCUGGACAACAAAAUAAAGUUGAUAUGAAAACCAAUUGAACACCAGAGAAAUGCUGGUUAAUGGCAUGAGGAAGUCUUAAUAAAUAAUUGCCUCCAUGUUUCUAUGGAUGGAUUUUUGCAAGGCUACUUUGAAGCAAGGUAAGACGUGCCUCAUUUGAAGUAAAGUAAAAUGUUCAGGUUUCAAACAAUUAUACUGCCUCAAGUUCGCAUCGCAAAGUGGUGGGUGACGCGCUGAUAGCCUGCCUACCGUUUACUUUAUAUGCACUCGAAUGGCGAAUGGGAGGCACACUUUAAUUACGAGUUGAGAUUGAGAAAUGAAAGUGGCUAUUUUUAAUCAUGGUGAUCAAAACAGUUUUUAACACGCGAUGACUGGGCUGACAAAAGCACUUUUCACUCCAGUAGCAGCUUUUUGAGGAGCUACUCUCACGCUGUCUGACAGGUGGUAGGCUAUUCCGCUCCUCAAACUAGGCUCUGUAUGCUCUGCGUGUGUGAUAAAUAAGAUACAUGAUGACUAACUAAAAUACACACUCGCCAAUUUAAUUCCACACAAUUAUGCAAAUUAACCUAUAGACCGAUAAGCAUGACUGGUCAAAUGUAUUUUCAGCUGCUAACUGAUUAACGGUUAAUUGUUAACAUCCCUGAUCACAACAUGCAGUUCCAACAGCACCAGUGGGCCCAAGCCAGCUGACAACCGCAACAGGGAUGAUUGUGUGGUGAUCUCUGACUCGGAUGAUGAUGAAGAGCAGGCUGAAGAGCAGGCUAAGCCUGGAAGAGGUCGUAGCAGGGAAGAGGAGGAUGAAGGUGAGGAUGGGGGCCGAGAUGCA